AUGAUCUUUCCGCUCUCUUUCCAGCCACCUCCGCAACACAACCCAGUACAAGACAUGCAACUCGCCUUGAUCUCCAGUCUCGCCCUCAUCGGCCUCUUCAGCACCGUUGCAACCGGCACGGUUCUGCCUCGCGUCGGUUGUCUGGGAACAUACAAGUGUCCCAGCGAGACCGUUCACGGCGAUCCUCUGGCGCAUGAGUUCGACAAUACUGACAGCAUUGCUUGCUUCUAUGGCACUCCCUUGCCUCCUGGCUCGGGAAUUGGUCCGGUUGACCCUUCUUGUGACUACAAUGCUACCACCGGUGCUCUGACCCAGACCAACAUAUUCCCGGAAGGCGAGUGUCCCGUCGUAGCUGCAUGCUCGCUGCCCAAGAGGGCUUGA